UUGCGAGCAAAGGGAAACUCCCUCCGCCUUCUGUCCUUCUUACCUCUCUGAACAGCGGGAGGCCGGCGGCUUCCCUGUCGCGCCUUCCCUCGCUGAAAGCGGCGGGGCCCUGAAGAGCCGCCGCCAAGCGAAGGCCGCCCUCAGGCUCAGCUAAACGACGGAGAGGGAAGUAGCCAGCCAGGUCGCCCAGCGUUCAGGCUGUCAUGGCGUCGUCCCGGUUCCCCCCGACCACGCUGACUCUGAAGCAGUUCUUGAGAAGGCAGCAGGUUCUUCAGUUAUACAGAAAAAUUCUUCAGGCUAUUCGUCAGGUACCCCAUGAAGCUGAUCGUCAUUACUUGAGAGACUGGGCAAGGGCAGAAUUCAAAAGGAAUAAAGGUGCUACAGAAGAGGAUACAAUCAGGAUGAUGAUCACUCAGGGAAACAUACAGCUUCAAGAACUUGAGAGAACUCUAAAACUGGCAAAAUCCUAGCCUUAAUUGUGGAAUAUAAUGUCCUUUCAAUGUGGCUUCCUCAGAGGACAUUAGAUGUGGAGGGACUUCUCAAAGAACCAAAAAGUGAUGCUUAUACAACUGUUGUAGGGGUGCUGAGCUUGAUAAAAUUGAGCCGUGAUGGGCAGAAAUCUGUAGAGAAAGACCAGCAAGGGAUAAUGUCUAAACCUGACUUAGACACGUCAAAAUGCAAAAGUGGAUUGCUACCCCAAAAAUAUGGAUUAUGCCUAUGAAAAGCAUUGCUCAGAAUGUAAUGAAGCAGUGGAUUAACUAAACUCUACCCAAGAUUUUGUAAAACCUUUCUCUGUCAGAUUGAAGAAUUUACUCUAUCAUUGAGUGUAUUUGUCAUGCAAACUGAUAUCGAGCAAAUGGUGAGACUGAUUUUUUUCCUUCAUAUGUUGGUUAUGUAUGAAGGACAAAAAGGCUUGACUGUAUACCAUUGACAAGGUGCAGGUUUGCAGUGCUUUGGGGAACAGACUUUGUUACUGCUGAUGUUUUCCAACUUUAGAAGAACAUCUGCAAAGUUUGUUGAGCUAACAGGAGUAAAACUCUAGAACAGUUUAUGCAAACCAAUAUGUUUAAUUCAUUUCCAUUUAUAUACUCUACAUGGCACACAUAAUCCAAUAGGAACUGUACAGGUGUUUUUCAUAAAAAACUAUUACAUCUGAUAGGUAAUAAUUUAAUUCCAAAAGUGUCAGUUACAGCAGAACGCACAGUUUAUGCAGCACUUUAUAUAAGUACAUUCAUGCUUAAUAAUGGAUAAUUGUGAUGAAAUACAGAAGCUGAAAAAAUAGCUGCUUAGUUGAAAGCCUCCAGUGGGAUACAGUAAUCUAGGUGUUGUCAGUACUUUCCCUAGCAAGGCAUAGUUGUCCCUCAUGAUUAGAGAGUUUUAAAGCUCCAGCAAGUAUAUUUGAACAGAAGCAAUAUCAGAUACCCAUUUUGGUUAGGAGCAGCUAGACACGGCGAUGCUCCAAUAUAGUGCAAGAUACCAAAUUAACACCGACUGUCCUAGAACUAUUUGAUGCAGAAAACUACUGACAAUAAUUUAAAGGUGUGUUCCCCCAGUGCAAAUUCUAUUUAACACAAUACCUAUGAACCCUAGCAUUUGUAGAGGGAGACUGUUAGUGGGACAAGGCUGCAAUCUUACAUAUGUUUAACUGGGAAUGUAUUCCGUGACAUCAAUGAGACUUAUUUCUGAGUAAACUUGCAUAGGAUUGGGCUGCAUAUCAUUUAAAACUGCAGACCAAGUUUCAGCAUCUUGCUUUUAAAACUCAGUUGCUACAGUUAUCGCCUGGUUGUUUUAUUAUAAAACAUUUGCAGGUGUUGUAAAAAUCGUAAGAAGCAGGUCUGGUUUUUUUAGUACUGUUUUACAGUUAUGCAGGGACUACAGCUUUUAAGCACUGACAACAAACAAGAGUUCAUUAUUACACAGUUAAAAUCAUAUUGCGCCACAGUCACAAGUACAUGGUUUCCUUCCCAGGCUUGCAUGUAAUGGACUAUGAUUUUAAAAACAGUUUGUAGCAGCUAGAAUGCUCUUUGAAAACAGGUUCUUUACUUGCAUCUUAAUUUAGCUUCUUAAGCAGUUCUCCCACAGUUUAGUUGGGCACGUCACAAUUCAAAACACAUCUCAGCAGACAGAUCUCUCCUACAGGGUUUAGAGAGUUCAAACUUUUCUUUGUGGAAACCUGGAGUUAUUGAUGAUCACCUGUUAGGAGGAAAAGAAAAUCCAGCUACUUGUGCCUGCCUAGCUAAUCAUCUGUUCAGCAUGGGGCGGGAGGAAAUAACUGACUUCGGCUGCUGGCACACAUUUUUCUAAGGGUCAGACCAGAUGAGACAGUGGGAGUUCCAUAAACUGAGCUUAAGGCUUUCCCCCUACCAUUUCCCCUACCUAAAAUGGUCCUGGGGAGUCACUGUUUAAUUUGAUGAACUAAUUAAUUUGACAUGGUCCUUACCUCCAACAAUUAUUCAGAUUAUCAUCUUUUCAAAUAAUGCAACAGAGACUACUAUGAAGGGAGUAGUACGAUUCUGCCCCCCCAUCACUAAAGUUUUUCCUAGUAAUUAAGGUGAUAUUGCUACCAAACAUAGUUUCACUACCCUUGCAAAGCAGCACAAAAAAUGGUCCAGGUUGGGCUUACUUGUGUGUUGUGAGGAGGCUUCAGUAGUGUGGGUUGGCAAAGGACUGGCCUUGAGGGCAUUGUUAUUUGCUUCAGGUAAGUUGCGUACUGGAGCCUCUUCAUUCAUUGCAACAGAGGAAGGUGAUCCAUAUGCCUUUAACAUACACAGAUUUCCCCCAUCCUCUGAGUAACACAGAAAAAUGUAUACAAAAGUCCCAGA